AUGGGUGAGGAAGAACAACCGGCGGCCAAGGGAAAGGCUGCGGGGCCCGGCACCCUACCGAAAUCGAUGACUCCUGCAUCGGAACCACUUAAGCCGGUUGGUAGCACACCACAGACAGGGACGGGACAAACCUCUGCCCCAGAAGAAGAGCAAAGUGUUGCCCUGCUAGGUUUGCUGACCAGAGACGCAGCAGAUCGCGCAUUCCAGGCCAACGUCUUCGAUAGCGAUGACCUGGAAGCCACAUUCGCCCAGUUACGUGAGCUGCUGGACACGCCGCUACAUCCUGUCGAAUAUCAGACGCAGUUCCACGCGACGCGCCAGGAGAUAGGCGAGACCACCGAAGCGUACGCGGANUACGCGUAUCGCGUGAGGCAGCUGGUGGCGAAAGCGUUUUCGGGGGACGCCAGCGAAGGGCAGGAGCGCCGCUCAAUGGCCCGCCUUGUCGAAAGAGUAGCCAACUUUGCCGUGAAGAAGAGGCUGAUUACGAAACCCCAAGAAAGCUUUAAUGAGACCGUGUCACUGGCGCGGGUGACAGAGAAGCUCCAGCAGGCCGUUCAAAAACCGGACGCACAAUGUUGGGCCAUUUCCCAACAGCAGCCAGCCAACGAACAAACCCAUGGGCUUCGAGGCCGUAUCGUCAACCAGUGGCCGGGCGCCCUUUCCCCCGAGACGGCAGUGGAUGGAGACGCUGGCCUAAUACCGGUGAAAGAUCGGAACCGAACUAUAGACAAGCGGUAA